AGGAUCAAGUCAUAAUGGGAGCAUUUUUAGACAAGCCAAAGAUGGAAAAACAUAAUGCCCAGGGGCAGAAGAAUGGGUUGCGAUGUGGCCUAAGCAGCAUACAAGGCUGGCGAGUUGAAAUGGAGGAUGCACAUACAGCUAUGAUCGGUUUGUGGAGAAGACUUGAGACAUGGUCAUUCUUUGCUAUAUAUAAUGGGCAUACUGGUUUUCCAGUUGCCAAAUACUGCUGUGAGCACUUGUUAAAUCACAUCACCAAUAACCAGGAUUUUAAAGGGCCUGCAGGAGCACCCUCUGUGGAAAAUGUAAAGAAUGGAAUCAGAACAGGUUUUUUGGAGAAUGAUAAACAUAUGAGAGUUAUGUCGGAGAAGAAACAUGGUGCAGAUAGAAGUGGGUCAACAGCUGUGGGUGUCUUAAUUUCUCCCCAACAUACUUAUUUCAUUAACUAUAGAGACUCGAGAGGUUUACUUCAUAGGAAUAUAAAAGUUCACUUCUUCACACAAGACCACAAACCAAGUAAUCUGCUGGAAAAAGAAUGAAUUCAGAAUGUAGGGGGCUUGGUGAUGAUUCAGUGUGUCAAUGGCUCUCUGGCUGAAUGGAGGGCCCUUGGGGAUUUUGAUUACAAAUGUGUCAAUGGAAAAGGUCCCACAGAGCAGCUUGUCUCACCAGAGCCUGAAGUCCAUGAUAUUGAAAGGUCUGAAGAAAACAUCCCCAGCCUCCCACCAGGGGGUGAAUUGGCAAGCAAGCGGAAUGUAAUUGAAGCCAUUUACAAUAGACUGAACCCUUACAAAAAUGAUGACACUGAUUCUGCAUCAACUGAUGAUAUGUGGUAAAGCUGCUCAUCCAGCCCUGGAUUCACCUUCGCCUCCAAAGGAGAAACCAGCUCAUCCUUGCCGAACCUUUACCAUCCAUCAUCGACUUUAAGGAAGGGGUCUGAC